CCCACCCCCGGUCUCCCUCUUCUCUCUCUCCAUUUUCAAUGGCGACCAUCAAUGGCUUGACCUCACCACAGCCUUUUCUCUCUCUAUCAAAGCCCAAACCAAAACCCUCUUAUUCCCACUUCAAGCCUUUGAAGCCACAAAUCUUAUCCAAAGGCCUCAAACAGCAGAAUCAGCAGCUAAGAGACUGGGCAGUCGUGGGCUCGGUGGCCAACGAAACCGACCUGAUUCCAGUCCAAAGCAACGACACUACGGACCAGCAAAGCGGCGUCGUAAUUGGGUUAGAAAGAGAACCGGAAGGUGGAGAUAUGGAUUUAGUAAAUCAGGUCGUGGGUGGGUUUGGAAAUGAAGGGAGAUUAUCAUUUGAAGGUGCUGCUGGUGGGUUUAGUUCUUCUUCAAGUGGGUCUAAUGGAAAAUUAGAACAAGAGGAUAUGAACAGAGUUAUUGAUAGAGCUAUUAAUGCAACUAUUGUUUUAGCUGCUGGAAGUUUUGCUAUCACUAAAUUGCUCACUAUUGACCAUGAUUACUGGCAUGUAAGUUACUAAUACUUACUAGUAGUUCU